AUGGAUUUAUCAAAUAACCAUUUCUCCGGAAACAUUCCCUGUAGCAUUGGUGGUCUUCAAAACAUGAUUAAUUUGUCCUUGAAUUCUUGGAUUUGUCCAAAAACAAUCCAUCCGGAGAGAUCCCAAAGUCAUUGGAAGCACUCUUGUAUUUCAAACGGUGCACUCUGCUGUGCUUCUCGACUCCAUGUUCCACUGUGCAAAAAUAGAACAAAAGUUAAGCCAAAUUGGAGGAAAGCUAAAUAUAUCAUCUCAGGGGUCAUAUCAGUAAUACUCCUAGCAGCCACUGCAUUGAUUCUGAUACUACGUAAGAAAAGGAAUGUCGAAGUUGUACAAGAAAUUGCCUCGCUACAUCAAUUUCUUUGGAGAAGAGUUUCGUGCCUAGAACUUGUAAGGGCAACAAAUGGAUUUCAUGAGAGUAACUUACUAGGCACGGGGGGUUUUGGCUCAGUAUACAGAGGAACACUUUCAGACAGGAUAGACAUCGCCGUCAAGGUUUUCAAUUUACAGCUAGAAGGGGCAUUCAAGAGUUUUGAUAAGGAAUGUGAAAUGCUAAGCAAUAUCCGUCACCGGAAUCUUAUUAAAAUCGUAAGUUGCUGCGAUGAACUUGAUUUCAAAGCCCUGAUACUUCAAUUGAUGCCUAAUGGAAGCCUCGAAAACUGGUUGUAUUCUCCAAACCGCUCCAUGACUAUCCUGCAGAGGUUAGACAUAAUGAAAGAUGUUGCAUUGGCACUAGAAUAUCUUCAUCACGGUUACUCGAUACCUAUCGUUCAUUGUGAUGUGAAACCAAGCAAUAUACUACUAGAUGAUGAUAUGGUUGCACAUGUUGCUGAUUUUGGCAUUGCAAGACUCAUUGGCGGUGGAGAUUCGAUGACAGAAACCAUGACCCUAGCCACAGUUGGAUAUAUGGCUCCAGAGUAUGGGAUGGAAGGUAGCGUUUCGACUAGAGGGGAUGUGUAUAGUUUUGGUAUUGUACUCAUGGAGACAUUCACAAAAAGGAAGCCAACAGACGAGAUGUUUGUUGGGGAAAUGGAUUUAAAGCAAUGGAUUGCAGAUUCAUUAUUUCCAGAUGCUGCAAUACGUGAAGUUGUGGAUGCCGAUAUACUUGGGGUGGAGGAAGAUGGUGAUUUCGUGAGCAGGAGGGAUUGCUUGUCAUCUGUUAUGAGAUUAGCUUUAGCUUGCUCUGCAGCAUUGCCGGGAGAGAGGAUUAACAUGAAAGAUGCCGCAAUCACACUCACCAAAAUCAAGACUAAGUAUUUGAAGGACUGUGGAGGAAUAAACUCUUAGUUCUUUUUGUUCUCUA